GGCAGAGGUGCCGGACGGGACUGCGUUGCAUGUUGCAUGGUACAUGCUCUCCGCUGGAUGUGACACACAGUGCCAGCCUUUAGUCUCAUGUUGCUGCUGGCAGAGGUAACGCAGCUUCAGGAAAGGGCAGUGCAGGGGGGUAUAUUAUUCUAAUCCCACAAAACUCCUCCUCUCCCUCCACCCCGGUCACCCCCUCCCCUUUAACAGGUCUGGGGUAUAGAGGGAGCUGUGAGGAGCUGACAGGGACAGGGGGAGAGAGGGAGACAGAGAGUUACAGUCAGACAGAACGACUCUCAAAGUCCUAUCCGAAAAUAAAGACAACAAUCCAUCUUUCAGAAGGUGCACUGUGAAGGUGCGAGACCAUGCAAAAUAAAGACUCUGAGGAGCACAAGUGAGGACAGCUAAAAAAAAAAGGAUGGAAACUAUGCUCCUCUGAGCCAGCAACCUUAGCCAAAGACUGUCACAACGAGUGGCACCGAAACCAACUCAAGUCUGAUGAUCAAGUGCCAUCAGAGGACAAGCAUCUCACAUGUCCGGCUAAUGACUUCCAAGGGAUCUUUAGUUUUUUCAUAGUCAAGGACAAGAACCCCGCAUUUUGUUUUUUUUUGGAGCGAAUCCUCCGACAUAGUCCUUGAGGCUACUUGAAGAGCAUCCGACAGACAAAAGUCCACUUGGACUGCGAAGAGUCAUUGCUGAAGGGUUUGGAGUGUAUAUGUAAAAGUUCCGAUCACUUUCAACAGACCCCCCCCCCCCCCUUUUUUUUUUUUUGGAAAGGAUAUAGAGAUUUGAAGAUCGCAACGUUGAGUCCCCGCCACAUGUACCCUUCACCCAUCAGAAGAAUGGAAGACAGACCUCUCAGGAUCUUGGUUCUAGUUGCUUUCUCUAUUAGUGGUUUACUAUCGUCAGUGGAUGCCAAAGGGACGUAUUACCCACCUCCGGCCAACGGAAGGUUCAUCCACAGCUUGUAUACCUCGGGUCCUCAACCUCAAACUUACGGCAAGCCCAUCACCAAGCACAGGAAUUAUUGUGUGUAUGUCGUGGAGAAGAAUGUGACUUGCACUCUGCAGGAUGGCACCGAACCCUACGUCAAAGCCGAGUACCUCAAGUGCAGUUGGGGACCCAAGUGCCCGGGGACCGUAGUGUAUAGGACUCUGUUCAGACCCAAGUACAAGAUUGGAUACAAGGUAGUGACCGAACUACAGUGGCGCUGUUGUCCUGGACAUUCAGGAGACUCAUGCCAAGAUGGACCUCCUGUCCAUCAAGGAUACCUUCCACCCUAUAUGGUACCCAAAGCUUCUCCAGGGCAGAAGAUGUUCCCUCCACCCAAGACUCCACCUACCUAUUCCAAGUUGCAGCCAGAAACUCUUCCUGAACCGCCAGCAUCACCCAAGAAGACUGGCUAUGGAAGAAAAUUGGCCCCCGUAUUUGGAGAACGUCUGGAUCGAGUGGAAGAAGAGGUCAGACGGCUGUCUCAGGCUUAUGACACCCUCCAGGGGGUGGUGAGCGGUCUGGGAGACUCUUUACGCCUUGCCAUCCAGGAAGACACCAACAAGAUGAUUGGCUCACUAGUGAGUGGGCCCAGUUCUUCCUCACAGGCCUCCAUUGGCUUUGGGAUGAUUCCUGAUGCUUUGGCUGAGGCCCCACAUGUCCCUGGGGACAUAUCUGGGAAAGUAGCUGAGGUGAGUGAGAUGCUCCGAUCAAAGUCAGAGCUUCUGGAAGAGGUGAAUGGGAUGGUCAUGGGCCACGAAGCACAACUCCAGCAUCUACUAGAAGCUGCAAGGCCAUCUCCACUUACAUCCAAUGAAAUGUUAGAGCAAUAUUUGGAGGAAAAGUUGGCCGAGGCUCAGGCAAAGCUAAUGGAUGGAAUAGAGGCUCGGCUGCAGAAGAUCCAAGGUAGCUGUGAUGUUAAAGUGCAGGCCGUGCAAAAACAAUGCCAAGAUGCUGAGCAGGCAGCAGGUCAUAGAAUGCAACAGGAAAUGGAUGGGCGAGAAGUAGCGAUGAGGAGUGAGAUAUUAGGACUGACUGCCAAAGUACAGGGAAUGAGUGCGCCUGAAGGCUGCUGCGGGCGCCUGGAGGAACUUAGCAGACGUGUAGAGGAACUGGAACGUAGCAUGCGCCAGUUUACUGAAGACCACCAUGCCCUGAGCCAGAAAGUGGAUGUAGAGUUCACAAGGCUUAUGCUGGAACCACACAUUGGAGCGAGACUGGAUGAAGUGGAGAGCAGAAUCAACUAUACAGAAGAAGGCGUUAGAAGAUGUUGUCAAGAAGGAGAAGAAAGAGGCCAUAUAUUAGCCGAGCUUGAUGGGGUGAGGGCCUCUGUGGAUGACAAAGUUAGAGUCUUGGAAGAGAGGCUGCUGACAGCUGUUGGAGAGCUCACCAAUGUCUCUACUCCACUAGCACUGGAUGGAGCAGUGAUGCCACUGUUGGACGCCCAUUUAUCAGGCUUGAGGAAAGAGGGUCUUGAAAACUUGGAAGGAGUCCAGAGUCGACUGGCAGCUGUGGAAGAAUUGUGUGCUGCUGGAUGCUCCACCUCGGAAGGAGAAUCUCUCAUUGAGGUCCACACUGAGCUUUCGAAAUACCAAAAGCAGAACGAGGAUGUCCAAAAACAGCUUGGCUACCUCAACAACACCAUUCUGGGCAUCAAGAGGCAAUUUGAAAGACAAAAGGAAGAGGCGUUACAAGGAGAGAUCACUCUACUGCAAGUUAACUUAAGGAGUGUUGGACGCUCUGUGCAUGGUCUGGAAGAGACUGUAAGUAGAUAUGCAGACACUGUAGCCCAAGUCAACUCUACUGCAGAGGAACGUGGAACCCGACUAACCGAGGAGCUGCUGACCGUUCAAGGCCAAAUAGACGGACAAGGCUCUGAAAUCCGCACCAGCCGAUCACAGCUUUUAGGCUUGCGAGGGGACAUGGAGAGAUUGAAAGCACGGCUGGCGGGACAGAUGGGUACUUGUCAGUCCUUGGCUCGUGAACUUCAAGGGGAGAUGUCCAAGGUGGAACAUAGGAUGGCCCAGGUGGAAGGGUCUUGUGGGACUCAAGAAACAAGUUUGCUUGGCUACCUGGACCAGUUUAACAGCACGCUAGUGUCCCAUGAGCAGGGUCUGGAAAUCCUCAGACACGAGCUAACUAAAAUAAACCAUCAGGUACCAAGACUGGACCUACCGCCCAUCACAGAAGAAACUCCAGGAAGGAAAUAACAGUGUGGGAAAACUUCUUCAAACACAGUGACAAACCAUUGCUAUAAACUGGAAAUCAAAGUGCCCAAGUGGCAGAACAGGAGGGGACCUUUAAAAAAAAAAAAAAAAAAAAAUCAAACAAACUUAUGUUCCUGAUUUUGGGGCAGCUAAGCCACUUUGGGAGGGUAAAUUCACAUUGCCGGUUGGUUGUAUAAGAUUACGUAUAUGGCAAUGCAGGGAUAUGUAUGGUGCUAGGGCAUUAUUAAUAUACCAUGGACUAGAUUUUAAUAAUUUAUAUAUUUCAUUCUCUUCCUAUCUGUUACCUAUUAUGCACUGCAAGGGUAUGGAAGACCUUAUUAGAUAACUCUUCUGCGAGAAGCAACCCUGUCUCUGCAAAAAACAACAACAAAAAAGUCCCUUCAAAUGUGCAAGAAGAACCAAAUUCUAUUACUGACUGUAAAAAGCAGAAAACAAGAGGUAUUAAAAGGUAAAAAAAAUAUCGACAACCAUCAGUCUCAAAUACUUGGGUACCAGUAGACCAGCCUCCUGAAACGAGGCACAAUGCAGUCACUGAUUCAUCUCCUUUUGCUUUGUUAGUGUUGCACGUACGCCUCCUACUGGAUAUUUUCAUGAAUUACAUUGCAGCAAACUAAUUCUGUUUGUCAUGGGUUAAAAGAGGAUGAUCCAUGAGUGAAAAGAUGUAGCAAAUGUCCUAAUAUAUAUAUAUAUAUAUAUAUAUAUAUAUAUAUACACACAUUUUUUUUUAAAAAGGACUUGGACCAGCAGCGUUAGUCCAGUGAUCACCCGCCAACCUUUGGGCUACCAGCAGUGAUGCGCCAUUCAGAUAUGUGACCACUUAUGUGCUAUACUUAGUGGCAUCACUGUUGACAGCUGUCAGGUGAUGUCUGAUUGCAUAUUAUAACUGGCAGCCUCAAAACCAGUGUUUCUUAACCAGUGUGCCUUCAACUGUUGCAAAACUACAAUUACCAGCAUAUCUGGACAGCCAAAGACGGUAGUUGUAGUUUUGCAACAGCUGGAGGCACAUUAGUUGGGAAACACUUCUCUGGAUCAGCGGGGGGACUGAAGAGGUGUGUACUGUUUUUUCGGAAGGGUUUACGUCUUUUUGUGACUGCUAGAUCGCUCUUAAGCACAUAAAACAUCAAUUAAAGUUGAAAAAGUUUGCAAUAUAUUUUCGGUAAUAAUUUCUUGAAAUUUUCAAAAUUCCUGCUCGCAGGGAUUACAUUUUUUUUUUUCCAGUGGAUUAAAACCACUUCUAGUCCUGGAAGUACACAGUAAACAUUUUCAUUCAAUGACUGUAAGCAGAGGUCUUGAUAAGGAGAGUAUAUUGGAAAACUGAAAUGUUUAAAUUCUUUUUUUUUUUGCUUACAUUGUAAAGCAGGGUGUUCUGAAUUCUGCACCCCAUUAUGUACACAGGAGUUAACAAGGCCUGUAGGUCCUGGGGGCUGAACAUAGUGACAUUAGGUGCACAUAGCCAUUCUGUGCGUACAAGAAGCCCUACCGGCCAUAGGGUGCAGACAAGAAGCCCAAACAGCCAUAAGCUGCGUACAGAAAGCCAUACCAGCCAUAGGGUGCGGACAGGAAGCCCUACCAGCCAUAGAGUGCAUACUAGAAGCCCUACCAGCCAUAGAGUACGUACAAGAAGCUGUACCAGCCAUAGAGUGCAUACAAGAAGCUGUACCAGCCAUAGAGUACGUACAAGAAGCUGUACCAGCCAUAGAGUGCAUACAAGAAACUGUACUAGCCAUAGAGUGCAUACAAGAAGCUGUACCAGCCAAAAGGGCAUACAAGAAGCUGUACCAGCCAUAGAGUGCAUACGAGAAGCUGUACCAGCCAUAGAGUACGUACAAGAAGCUGUACCAGCCAUAGAGUGCAUACAAGAAGCUGUACCAGACAUAGAGUGCAUACAAGAAGCUGUACCAGCCAUAGAGUGCAUACAAGAAGCUGUACCAGCCAUAGAGUGCAUACAGGAAGCUGUACCAGCCACGGGGAGGCAAUCUAUUGACAGUUCCACUUGCUGCUUUGUAAAAUGGGCUUAUCCCACCUUUCCAGCCCGGUGUUACAGGUGUUAUCUCAAGAUCAAAAGUUAUUCCAUGUCCACAGGAUAGGAAAUGAUUUGCUAAAUGGUGGGCGUGCGAUCCGGUAAAUGGAACAGCAACAAAGCACUGAGCUCAGCAAUGGAUUCUCUUGAGUGCUACCGAUCCAUUUAUUUAGGAGACAGUUGACCUUCAUUCUCGAAACUGCUGGGGGUCCCAGAGGUCAGACUCCCACCAAUCAGCUAGUUAUCCAUAUCAUGGAUAGAGGAUAACCCUUUUAAGUCACCAGUGUGGUUACAAAAGCUUUUACCCCAUGUUUGCCUCUCCAGUUCUGUUUCGCUUCUUUUUCUACAUACUACUUUUGUACUGUUUUGUGUGGUUCCCCCAUUCUAUUGAAAAUUGUCAUUCAGGUCAAUGGAAUAACUGGUAAGAACACCCUAAGAAAAUAUAAAGGACUGGGACUAGAUGUGCUAAAUCUCUUGCACUUGUGACUUUUCCUUCAAGUAGAAUAUUGAAAUGGAGUAACUGGAAUAUUGUUUUUCACAUACUUUUAGGAUAAUUGGGUUUCACAUACUUUUAGGAUAAUUGGGUUUCACAUGCUUUUAUUGUCAGAAAAGAUCUUAUUAGUAAUGCAGACUGAGAUUAAGACAGUGACUGCUACAAAUCUGUGAAUGACACUAUCUUCUAUCGAUCAUUUAACCAUCUUUCCCAACCCAACUAACCCAUUUAGAUACAUAUUAAGACUGGUUUAAGACUGGAAUGACAAGCCUGUUUUUUGCCAAGGAGAAAAGUGAUAGGUUACUGUCAGAAACUUGAGACAGAGGUAAGGUAUGUUGGAAUCCAACAUGCCCGAUCCAUUUUAUUUCCUCAACAACAAGCAACGUCAAUGGAGACAGCAUACCAGUCUGUGUUAGACCACAAUAACCUACGCCUAAAAGGUACAUUUGACACUAAAUUGGGGGAAAAUGGGGGUGAAAUUUUUUUUUAUUUUAAAUCAACUGGUGCCAGAAAGUUACAGAUUUGUAAAUUACUUCUAUUUGAAAAUCUUAACCCUUCCAGUACUUAUCAGCUGCUGUAUAGUGUAGAGGAAGUUCUUUCCUUUUUGAAUUUCUUUUCUGUCUGACCACAGUGCUCUCUGCUGACACCUCUGUCCAUUUUAGGAACUGUCCAGAGUAGGAGCAAAUCCCUAUAGGGUUAAGAUUUUUACAUAGAAGUAAUUUACAAAUCUGUUUAACUUUCUGGCACCAGUUGAUUUAAAAAAAUAAAAUAAAAUAAUUUCACCAGAGUACCCCUUUAAAGGGGUACUCCGCUGCUCAGCAUUUGGAAC